CAAUAAAACACACACGAAAAGGCAGAUCAGUGAUAUUAUUGAAUCUCUUCAGUAGAUUUUUGAUAAGGACUGUAAUAUGUCCAGUGAGGACAAGUCAAGUGGCAGCACAUCACCGACUUCAUCGAAAGAUUACGUGUCUCAAUUGAUCAACCCCUACAGCUCCUCAGAUACUCAGGAUUUGGAUUCAUCGCGCCGACAGGCGUAUGCUCGCGUAAAGUUCCUGCUGUACGUGGAAAUAGGAGAGGAUAGCCUUCAGCUGGAGAAUCACAUGAAGAGACUCCAGAAUUUGAGGAAGGAGCUAUCUUACAUCAAAAAGACAGAGUGGCAGUAUGAUCCGAUAGACAAACUCAUAGGGCAGGCUUAA